AUGAAAGUGACUAAUUCAACCAAAACUAGUGACACGAAUGUCAAGAAUACUAUAGUCUUUGAUGUCUCUAAAAGCCCUAACUUUGGUCUUAACGAUGGCUUCAGAACUUUGCAGAGAAGACUUAAGACAAGUGGUUGGAAAGUAAUGAGCAAUAAAGAAGAGAUAACUAACGAAAUAUUAUCGCAAUCGACUAUAUUUGUCAUCUUAAGUCCUAAAUCUAAAUAUAAUGACAUUGAAUUUAAGAAUAUUCGUAAAUAUAUACAAAAUGGAGGAAAACUAUGGCUUAUGUUAGGAGAAGGAGGCGAACGAAAAGCUUCGACUAAUGUUAACUUUUUACUCGAAGAAUACGGAAUCGCUAUAAAUAAUGAUUGUGUGGUGAGAACUGCAUUUUACAAGUAUUAUCACCCGAAAGAGGCACUUAUAGGCAACGGUGUGUUAAACAGAGGGUUACUACAGUGUGCCAACAAAUUGCAAAGAUUGGUCAAUCAGGACAAUGAAGACACGAUUCAAAUUCAAAAUAUUAAUUAUGUUUAUCCAUUUGGGGCGACACUCAAUGUGGCCAAACCCGCCACAGCUGUACUGUCAACCGGAUCGCUAGCAUUGCCACUGCAUCGACCAGUUUGUGCUUUUUAUAAUCAGUCGACAAAUGGCAAAAUAGUUGUGUUGGCGUCCAGUCAUAUAUUUAGCGACACUUAUAUCGAAAAAGAAGAUAAUUCUUUAUUAAAGGAUGUUAUUAUCAAUUAUUUGACAGACGAUACGUUUGUUUUGAAUACAAUUGAUGCACAAAACCCGGAAAUAUCUGAUUAUUAUACGAUUCCCGACAUUGAAUUGUUGUCGGAUCAGCCCUUUUCUAGUCUCGAAGAAAGUGAAGAAUUGCCGUCAGAUUAUAACAAAUUAUUUUCUAAAAGCAUUAAUCAAAUUACAAACACAGAGCUGACGCAAGUUAUCAAAGCCUAUGAAGAGUUGCAGAUGGAUAGAGAAACGCUUAAACUUAUAAAACCGCAGUUCGAGACACCCCUUCCAGCAUUACAACCGGCUGUCUUUCCGCCCACUUUUAGGGAGUUACCAAAACCGGCUCUUGAGUUACUUGAUUUGGACGAUGCCUUCAGUUCAAUACCAACACGAUUGACACAAAUCGCCAACAAAUGCGGUGAAAAUGAUUUGGAAUAUUUCGUGAGAGAGUGCGGACUCAUUGUUGGUAUCAAUGAGACAAUGACCGGUCAGAAGUCCGCUAAAGCUAUUCUUCACUAUAUAUUUAGCAAAAUUGUUGAAUUCAAAAAAGUUAAUUCAAAUCAGGAAAUUAUUUUGCAUUAA